AUGCGUCCGGAAAAUUCCUUUCAAGGCCUGAUCCUGACGCUUCAGCGUUUCUGGGCAGACCAGGGCUGCGUGGUGCUUCAGCCUUACGACAUGGAAGUCGGCGCCGGGACGUUUCAUCCGGCAACCACUUUGCGCUCGCUCGGGCCGCGGCCCUGGAGGGCCGCCUAUGUGCAGCCGUCGCGUCGCCCGACCGAUGGACGCUACGGUGAAAACCCGAAUCGCCUGCAGCACUAUUACCAGUUCCAGGUGAUCUUGAAACCGUCACCCUCCGACCUUCAGGAUCUCUACCUGAAGUCGCUCUAUGCAAUAAGUCUGGACCCGAAGUUACACGACAUCCGUUUCGUGGAGGACGACUGGGAAAGCCCGACACUCGGUGCCUGGGGGCUUGGCUGGGAGUGUUGGUGCGACGGUAUGGAAGUCUCGCAAUUCACGUAUUUUCAGCAGGUCGCCGGGUUCGAGUGCUCCCCGGUUUCCGGCGAGCUCACUUACGGUCUAGAGCGUUUGGCCAUGUAUAUCCAGGGCGUCGAUAACGUCUAUGAUCUCAACUACAACGGCAUGGAAGGCGAUGCGAAGAUCACGUAUGGCGAUGUCUUUCUCCAGGCCGAACAGGAAUAUUCGCGUCACAAUUUUGAACAUGCGGACACGGACAUACUGUUCCGUCACUUCAAGGAUGCCGAAAACGAGUGCCGUGCGUUGCUGGCGGCCGGCGCGAAGGCACGGGACGAGACGGGCGCACAUGUGCACCAGGUUGUGCUUCCCGCAUACGAUCAAUGCAUCAAGGCCAGCCAUGCUUUCAACCUGCUCGAUGCGCGUGGCGUCAUAUCGGUGACCGAGCGCCAGAGUUAUAUUCUGCGUGUGCGCGAACUCGCAAAGGCCUGCGGCGCUGCAUUUCUGGAAACGGAAGCCGGCGGUGUCGGCUAUCACAACCAGGCAAUCGACGAGACAGUUGAUAAGGUAUUGAAACAAUUCCCUGUGCCUGCGCAGGAUGACAAGACAGUGCUCAGGCAGAUGGUUGAAGAGGGCUGGAGCGGCAUCGACGUCCAGCUGAAACGCAGGGCAAACCUCAUUCCCAAUCUGGUCGAAACCGUCAAGGGUUAUGCGGAUCACGAGCAGCAAACACUGGACAACGUCACACAGCUGCGGGCUUCGGCUGGUUCCGUGCCGCGCGACGACGUGGCCGGAAGAGCGAAGGCGGAAGGCGCGCUGAGCCAGGCACUCGGUCGCCUCUUUGCAGUUGCCGAGGCUUAUCCUGAUCUCAAGGCGAGCGAGAAUUUCUCCGAUCUUCACAAGUCUCUCGACGAGAUCGAGAACGCAAUUCAGAUGGCGCGCAGGUACUACAACGGCGCCGUACGCGGCCUGAACGUUGCGGUAGAGAGCUUUCCUUCCAAUCUUGUUGCCUCUCGGUUCAAGUUUGAAAAGGCGGAAUAUUUCGAGAUCGAGGACGGUCGGACCUACCGCGCCGGAUUCCAGCUGCUCUCGGUCCUGCAGGACGGCCGGGACGCAAGUUUCGCUCAAACGUCAAGCCGGGACGGUGUCAGGAUUUAUAUUGGCGAGGAAAACGUCUUCCUUCAGCCGGGCGACUAUACCUACACGAUCAAGUACCAAACAGACCGGCAGAUACGCUUUUUUGCCAAUCAUGACGAAGUUUACUGGAAUGCGACCGGAAACGAGUGGAUCUUUCCGGUUGAUGAGGCUGUCGCGAGGGUGGUUCUACCGGAGGGAGUAAGGGCACGGGACUGGACGGCAUAUACCGGCGUGUUCGGCGCCACAGGCAGGAAUUAUGAUGCGCGUGUGGGCGACGAUGGUCGUGAGGUCAUCUUCACGACCACGAGGCCUCUGGCCGCCUAUGAAGGUCUGACAGUCGUGGUCGCGAUGUCCAAGGGUUCCAUCACGCCGCCAACAGAAGCCGACCAGAUCGGUUACUUCUUGAAUGACUACCGCUCUGAACUCAUCGGCGGCGCAGGCGUGCUGCUGGUCCUGGCGUAUUAUCUCGUUGCCUGGCUUUUUGUGGGACGCGAUCCUGCGAAGGGUGUCGUCUUUCCCAGGUUCAAACCGCCUGCGGGCGUAUCUCCGGCACUUUCCAGAUACGUUCUGACCCGUGGUUUCGGCGACGGUGGCUGGAUUGCGCUGACGGCAGCCAGCCUCAAUCUUGCAGUCAGGCAUUGCUUGCGGCUGGAAGAGCGUGACGGAGACAUGAUGCUUGUGCUCGACGACAUCGUUGCUGACGAGACCAAUGGGCUGCCGAAGGGCGAAGCUGCCCUGGUUGCAUUCCUCAAGGAUCGAGGCUCGCCGUUGCAGAUCUACAAGGGCAAUGGCAGUUCGAUCAAAACGCUCGGCAGGAAAUUCAGAAGCGCGAUCGAAGCGGAAAGCCGGAACGUCUUUUUCAGGAACAACCGGUCGUUUCUCGUCCCGGGCGCCAUAUUGAGUGUCGUUGCAAUCAUUGCGCUGUUCAUAUUCGGCCAGAUGCCUCCUGAUCAGAUGGAGUUUGCCUUUCUGUUCAUGGUGUUGUCGAUCUUCGCCGCGGCUUUCUCAGUGAACAUCGGAAAGGCGAUUUUUCGAAUUUCGAACAUGCAGAUCCGGAUGGCCCUUAUCUUUCUGCUGUUCGUAUCAGCGAUGGUGGUCACCGGGCUUUUUGCGAACAAUAUUUCCGGCGGCGUGUCUACGCUUCCGAUUUUGCCCGUGGUGGCCGCGGCUCUGGUCGCACUGAAUGUCCUCUUCUUCUUUCUGCUUGGCGCACCGACCGCACUCGGACGCCAGGUGCUCGAUGAAAUCGAAGGGCUCAAGCUUUAUUUGUCGGUCGCCGAAGAGGAGCGGCUCAACAUGUCGGAAGUACCGGACAUGAGUACAAGUCAUUUUGAGGAUCUUCUCCCCUAUGCAGUCGCGCUGGGCGUGGUGCCGCCGUCGCGGCAAGUUACAGUCCCGGCUGGUAUGCAGGGCACAGGUUCGAAGCCAGUCGUGUAG